AUGAAAGGUACGCCAGUAUCAAUUAUCGAGGCUCGUUGCGGUUGGACAGACUUCACGCCACUUCACUACGCCGCUUACUUUGAUUGCCCUCAGUUGGCAAGUCUCCUGUUACGCCGGGAUGCGGAUCCUUCUGCCCGGUCGCGACAAGCCGAAGGAGCUACAGCUUUACAUCUGGCUGCCAGCCAGCUAUCCCUAGGCACUGCUCGUAUUCUUCUUGUGCACGCAGACAAUGCUGCUGUUUUAGAGGCAGCUGCAAAAGAGCCGAUCGGAGCAAAAGUUGUUGACAAUGGAAGCAUUGGUAGCGAAACGAAUUCUGGAGUAAACAGGCCAUGCAGAUUGCGUCGAUCUGGACAAGGUCGCCUGGCCUACGACCAUCUGAUGCGCAGGCCUUACGGUGAGUUUCUCAGCUUCUGA